GGGACGUGUGAUGGUGCCGGUGGCCUUGGGAUUUCUAAGCGAUGUGGUAGCCCCUCCAACAAGAGCAGCAUCUUUCCUCAUGCCAUGGAAACCCCCCUUGGUAUCGACUAGACAUGCGGCCGGAGCAACUGCCCAGCCGGUGUCUGCCUUCAGCAAAUCCUCACGCGACACUGGAGACUGAAGAGUCAGGAUGUGGGGUUUUAUUACGCUUCUGGAUGAGAACAGGUGGAUUCUUCCUGCGAGAUAGCAAGGGCUGUGCUUGGAGGUCAGUGGCAUCCAAGCUGAAUCCCGCCUUGGUGUCGAACUCUAUCAGGGGCUAGCCAUACGGGAAGCCACCCUACCGCGGCAUGUCGGACGUGGAGAUCUCCAGAGACCCAGGGAAAAGUCACAAACUGAAGGGGUAUUUUUUCUUGGUGUCAGGGGGUGGUCGUCUGUUAAAACCGAGCCCCCGGGACCUCAGCGGAAAGCUUGUCAAGUUCUCGGUCUGCACUCUGCAUAUCGGUCUGAAGCUCCUCCCUCUGCCUGUGACGAAGCCACUUCUGGGCUCGUCUGUCUGGCACUUUUCCUUUUGAGAAACACCCGGCCUCUGACCACUUCGCUCCUUCACCAAGAUGGCGAUCGGGGCCAUUUUGGAACCACUCAUUGUGGUCAGUCUGUUGACAUUUGGUACCAUUGUCAACCGCAACAAGUCGGCCACUUUCUCUCCAUCACCAUACAGAUCAUCCAGGCCCGUGCCUUGGCAACAUCUCAAGUACGACAAGGACCCCGACUACGAUGAGUUGGAAUCGGGACGGCCCAGCACAGACGACGAAAAUGCCCUUUUGCGGUCACCAGUCAGCGAAUCCAGCAUCGGCUCCGAUGGCACCUUGACCGACGAAUCGAACUCACCAUGGCGGAAGCGCCAGCUGAAGGUCUUCAAGUGGGAGCGUGAGGUCACAACGCCGAAUACCGCCAUCUUCAAGGACCGUUUCCUCAGUCGCGUGCUUCAGCGUCUUCCCUUUUUGGCCGAGGUCUGGUACUGGGCUCUUAUCUACUGGGUCUACCAGCUUGGAAGAGCUUUCACAGCCGUCACUCUGCAAGAGUCAACAGUCGACACCGCUCGCGAGCAUGCCCUCCAGGUUAUUCACAUGGAACAGCGACUGGGCAUUUUCAUUGAGCCUGCCGUGCAAGGUUGGUUUCUUCAGCGACCCGAGCUUAUGCGAUGGACGAACAAGACAUACUCUUUCAUCCACAUCCCCGGCACGAUCCUUUACCUGAUCGUCCUCUACUAUGUCACGACAGCCCGUCCCAGACAGAAGAUUCAGGAGGAGAACGGAGGUCGCCCGAUUAGUGGAAACUGGAGAAAGUUGGCCCCCCGAUUCGGACCUGAUACCUAUGAGAAGAGGAGGAGGACCAUGGCCUUCUGCAACCUGUUGGCCUUCAUCGUAUUUACUUUCUGGCCUUGCAUGCCACCGAGACUGCUCAGCGACCCAAACUACACUGGCGAGUUUGCCAAGGAGGCGAAAAGCUAUGGCUUUGUUGACACUGUCCACGGCGCCGAUGGUGACAGCAGUGUGUGGACCACCAACCGCUUCUGCAAUCAAUAUGCCGCCAUGCCUUCUCUUCACUUCGGCUACUCCUUCCUUGUUGGACUCACCAUCGCCACCGUUCCCCUCAGACGCUCUGGAAAGCUUGGGUGGAAGAGACUGGCCAUUGUUGCCAUCGGCAUGAUCUAUCCUGGCAUUAUCCUGACUGCCAUUGUUGCUACCGCCAACCAUUUCAUCCUGGACGCCGUUGCCGGUGCUAUUGCCUGCCUUCUUGCCUGGAAGUUCAACGGCCUGCUCCUCAACCUCCUGCCAGUCGAGGACUACUUUUUGAGGGCUGUCAGGAUAGCCAAGCCUUGAGCAUGGAUUGAAGAACUUGGAGUUCAGCGUUGGCACAAUGGGCUUGGGAUACCUUCCGACCGAUCAGCAGUUGGAUUCCAUCUAUACAGUACACCGAACUAAUCACCCCGAAUACCAAGUACCAGCAUAUUGGAUGACUUGAUGGUCAAAGACAACCAUAGUAUUAUUAAUACAUAUACACUUGAUACCCCCCC